AACCCCUCAGUUUUAUGGGCGCAGCGCUCUAACGCGACCGAUGCUGACAAGAACAUUGUCUACCUCACCAUCAAGCUCGCGGACACUGAAAACGUCAAGAUCGAUCUCACCAACACCCAUCUCGUCUUCUCCGCCACCUCCAAUGACAAGCCGUACGAGUUGAACCUCGAGUUCUUCAAGGCGAUUGACGCGGACAAGUCCAAGUACGAGGUUACCGGCUCGCACAUCUUCUUCAAGCUCUUCAAGGCGGAGAUGCAGGAGGAGUUCUGGCCUAGAUUGAUCAAGGAGAAGUUGAAGUUGCACUACCUCAAGACCGACUUCGACAAGUGGGUCGAUGAGGACGAGCAGGAUGAGAUCAAG